AUGAUCUCCUCACUCUUUGCUCGCGCUGCUUUUGCAGCUGGGCUUCUUGCCACUACUGGCUCUGCUACUUUUAAUGGCGCUGCUAAGACGAACAUUGCCAUGUAUUGGGGCCAGGGAAAUAGUCAGAUCCCGCUCUCCGAGGUUUGCGCGGAUCCCAAUGUUGAUAUUGUCAAUAUUGCCUUCGUGAACAAGUUUCCCAAAAAGCGAGGCGAAUACCCGGGCACAAAUUUCGCCAACGCCUGCGGCGACGCCUACUACAUCGAUCCAACUACCAACCAGCCCAGUGCGUUGCUGAGUUCGUGCCCUGGUGUGGGUGAUGCCAUUACUGCUUGUCAACAGAGCGGCAAGAAGGUCCUGCUCUCACUCGGUGGUGGCUGGCCAGUCGAUUACUACCUGCCCACGCCCGAUGUCGCCAACUGGUUCGCCGAGUUCUUGAUCGGAGCAUUUGGACCCGUUACCCCUGAAUGGAAAGCUGCCAACAAGCCUCGUCCUUUCGGAGAUGCGGCCGUUGAUGGUUUCGAUCUUGAUCUCGAAGCUGCCCACUACGAAAUGCCUUCUCCGGAAUACCUCUACAAGAACUAUGAUGUCUUCGGCAAAUAUGUCAAGAGCCACUCCAACAUGCUCCUGUCCGGUGCUCCUCAGUGCAUCGUUCCCGAUGCCAGGAUUUUCGAGGCUCUCAAAGAGGUUCCUUUUGACUUCUUGUUCACUCAGUUCUACAACACUUGGAUCUGCUCUGCUGCCAAAGCCGCCCAAGAUAUCAAGAGCAACAGCCCAAGCACUUUUACCUUCAACACCUGGGUGACUUGGUUAAAGGCAAACUCUAAGAACCCCAACAUCAAGCUCUACCUCGGACUCGCAGCAGGCCCAGAUGGUCUCCCGACGUUCAAAGACCAGUACCUCGCACCAGAGGACGCCAACUUGCUUAUUGAGACACUCAAGGACAACAGCAUGUUUGGUGGUGUCAUGCUUUGGGAGGCUUCUGUCUCCACGCGAAACCCAACUUACGGAAAGUCUUACGGUGAAUGGAUGAAGUACGCUGUUGAGGGUACUUUUAAGGAGAAUUUCCACCCGAUCGUGUCUUCUAGCACCAUCGUGUCGUCCACAAUCACCCCUUCAAGCACUCCUGUCUCGAGCACUCCUAUUAGCAGCACUCCUAUUAGCAGCACUCCUAUUAGUAGCACUCCUGUUUCGAGUACUCCUGUAUCUAGCAGCAUGGCAACGAGCAGCACGCCAUCUCCCUCGGAUUAUCCUUCCUCCAGCACUCCAGCAUCCAGCACCCCCGUUUCGAGCAGUCCUAUCAGCAGCACUCUUGUCAGUAGCACUCCUCUCUCGAGCACUCUUGUCAGCAGCACUCCUCUCUCGAGCACGCCUGUUUCUAGCAGCAUGGAGACGAUCAGCACACCUUCUCCGUCGGACUACCCUGCCUCCAGCACACCUGUGUCCAGCAUCUCCGUGUCUAGCAGCAUGGCGACAAGCAGCACGCCUUCUCUCUCAUCUUACCCUGCCUCAAGCCCAGCACCUUCGUCCCUCUCUAGCAUGAGUGCAUCACACAUUGAGUCGUCGUCUAUCCCCACAAGUUCGCCAUCCGGCACGGCUAGCAGCUCGGUUUCCGUUACUCUCUCGACUGGAAGCCUCAGCUCCAUGACAUCGUCCACUCCCAGUGUCUCGCCAUCCGAGAGCAUCAAGAGCUCUUCCUCCAUCAGCUUCAACAGCGAAUUCUCUACCUCUUGCAGCACCUCAACCAACGCCUAUUACACUGGUGUUAGCUCAAGCUCUGGUGUCUAUCCCACCGCGACUCCCGACGCCACAUACUCUGCAUCUUCUAUAUCCUCUGUUGCUUACUCUGCGCCAUACUCUGCCGUUUAUCCCUCUUCGGUGUCUUCAAUCAAGUCGUCCGCGCUCCCUACCGAGACUUACCCUGCUGAUUACCCAGCUGCUUCGAGCAUUGGCUACAGCAUCGUGUCUUCCGUCACCAAGAAGCCCGAGCAAUCUGCGUACCCGACUGUUCCUGCUGGCUCUACCACCAGCGUCGUCACCACUACCUAUGUCGAUCUCUGCUCCACCGGUCUCUCCACGGGCCUCACCACCGUCACCACGACCUACGUCGCAACCGUCUGCACCAAGUGCGCACAGCCCACUGGCACUACCGAUGUUCCCGAGGGAUGGACUACUAGCGUAUACUCUGCUAGCACCACCGUUGUGACCAUUACAAAGCCUAUCACGACCGUCACCGACGUUCCCGCAUACCCGGUCUCUACUCCCUCUGUCGCAUACCCUGCAGAGUACCCAGCUGUUCCUGAGGCCUCCAUGCCUGCGUACCCAGCUGUGCCUGAAGUCUCGAAGCCCGCGUACCCAGCCGUGCCCGAAGUCUCCAAACCUGCUCCCGCUUACCCGGCUGUUCCUGAGAUGUCCAAGCCUGCCCAUCCAGUUGUUCCUGAAGCCUCUAAGCCUGCCUACCCAGUUGCCCCUAUGUCCACAGAGAUGGCCGGUUACCCAGCUGUUCCUGAGGCCUCCAAGAUGGCUGAAUAUCCCGCCGUUCCUGAGGCUUCCGAGGCUCCUGAGUACCCAUCUUACCCUGUUGGCAACGAGUAUCCCAAGAAGCCUGUUGAGAAUGAAGUUGCGAGCGCGAUCCACAUGACUCUUACCAAGGUCUCUGUUCCUGCUUACACUUCGGCCCCUCACCCAUCGGCUGGCGUUCCUCACGUCCCCGCUGGCGCUGCCCACAAUGCUACUGGUGUGUAUGUGCCUAUGUCAACUGGUUCCAUCCAGCCCACUGUGCAGCCGCAGUUCGAAGGCGCCGCUAGCCGGGGCGGUAUUGGAUUGAUGAUGCUGCUUGGUGCAGUUGGUGCAGCCAUUGUUUUGUAA